AUGAUCAACAUUCAUGAAACGGAAAAUAGUAAUCGUUCCUCUCUCGAUUCAUCGUCGUUGGCCCAUGUGCAAGGAGCCAAUAACAACAACCUCACGACCUCAACUCCGAAGCAAACUAUAUUUUCCAAAUUGAAAUUAGAGAGUCCGAGAAGCGGAGGAUCCAAUUACUUUAUUUUACGAUUUUUGUUGGAUUCCAUGAUGGUAAUGAUUUGGAUUAUUUGGACCGGAGCACAUAUGAAAUCGAUUGGACAAUUGUUAUGUCCUCCAUAUUAUACAGAUGAGUAUUGUUCGGCACAAAGUAGUGGAGCGUUUGCUUCGCAAUUGUGGUAUUUCUUGGUGCUGGUUCCUUUGGCAUUGGUUUAUAUAUUUUUCAUUGUCAUGAUUAGAAAGAAGGCAAAACGAAAUCAAAAGUUCUCGCACUACUUGACAUGGAGCCUCUUCGUAUUGAUUAGUCACAUCUAUUUUUGUGUAUUGUUCGGAUUACAUGGAUCCAACGUGGGUCUCAGUUUUGCAUACUUUGGAUUGGCUGGUAUAUUUAUUGGAAUCAUUCCAGACAUCUUUUUCAUUUGGAGAUUUUCUCGAAUCAGACGUGAACAAAAACUGAAAGAAGAUUCCGAGUAUCAUUUAUUCUUCUCGACGAGACAUCAAGAUUUGAUUGCAACAAAUGUUAUUUAA